CUGUGACGUCACUGGACUUGUAAAUAAACAACCUCGGUUUUUGUUGUACAUGUCUACUGUGUAAUUUAUUAGAUUAACGAAGUUUCUCAGUUAUUACUAUCACGUUUCUUGAUAUUCUGCACCUAUACUAUAUAUAUUGACCAUGGAAGACGGCUUUGUAAAAGCAGAAAGUACUAAUCUUCCACGAAUAAAUACAUUGAUGGUGGCGAAAUUCUUCGCUUGCAAUCCCGACUUCUGUUCUGCGGAAUUAAGAAAUGUCAAAACAUCUAUAUCUGGUAGAGAAUCUUACGGAGAUGACGCCGUUGGCUACGUGCAACUCAAGAGGGAUCAAAAUACUUGCAUUGUCAAGUGCACUAUAUGCCCUGAACACAAAGUGCGCUCUAAACCAUAUGCAGUGAGUGUUGUUGUUAACGAAGCAGAAGAGAGUGUAACCAGUGUUCAGUGCCAUGACUGCCCCGCAUCCGAAGGUGGCUGCAAGCACGGUGUCGCAUUUUUAAUGUGGUUACAUCGUCGAACUGAAGAUCCAUCAUGUACUUCAGUGGAAUGUUACUGGCGUAAAUCAAAUCUUGCUAAAGUAGGAUCUUCUAUAAAAGUACUCACAGCAAGUGAAAUUUCCAAGAGAAAGAGCAAUUUCCAAUGA